AUGGCUUCAGGAGAUGUUGCAUCAGAUGAAAGUCUUUAUCCAAUAGCUGUUUUAAUUGAUGAACUUCGUAAUGAAGAUGUUCAAUUACGUUUAAAUAGCAUAAAAAAACUAUCCACUAUUGCAUUGGCACUAGGUGUUGAAAGAACUCGAUCUGAGCUUAUUCCAUUUUUGACUGAUACAAUUUAUGAUGAGGAUGAAGUUCUAUUAGCAUUAGCUGAACAAUUAGGAACAUUUACACAACUUGUUGGUGGUGAAACUUACGUUCAUGUUUUAUUGCCACCAUUAGAAAGUUUAGCUCAAGUUGAAGAAACAAUUGUACGUGAUAAAGCUGUUGAAUCACUUCGUAUAUUAGCACCACAACAUUCAACAACAGAUUUAGAAACAUAUUUUGUACCAACUGUUAAACGUUUAGCACAAGGUGAUUGGUUUACAUCACGUACAUCAGCAUCAGGUCUUAUAUCUGUUUGUUAUGCACGUGUUUCAAAUCAUGUUAAAGGCGAAUUACGACAGUAA